CAAUGCUUUUACAAUAACAUUGUAAAUACUGCUUUCAUUACAAAACAGUCAUGUAGCUUAUAGGCACUUCAUUGAAUUAACAAACUAAACACAUGGAAAUGAGCAAAAGGCAGAGAAUACACCACCCGGAAGAAGAAGAAGAAAAAAACUUGUGUGACGUGUAUGAAGUUUAUAGCGAGCUUCACAUGGCGUACUCAGUGGAAUGGCCGUGGACGUCAUCUACAUGCAAAUUUGAACCAGCAUAGUCUGCAGAUAUCGAGUCGACCAGUGCUACAGAGAUUACCACUUAUCCGUGUCAACAACACACCACGGUUGUGCCAUUUAUCCAUCCGUCAAAAAAAAGGCAAAAAACAGGUGUCAAGUUGUAGACCAGAGACGCCAGUAGGCCUAGGUAGCAAACAUGUGGGCGCUACCUCCAAAACCCGUGUUAGCAUUCACAGCUGCAAGCGUUGCUUUUUCCAUUCUGAGUAAAAUUUUCGGUUUCUAUUAUGUGAUGGUUUUUCUUGACUUCUACCACAUCGACAACUCAUGGUUCCAAUUCGCUCAGGUAUUGUUUAUGAUCUGGAACACCUUAAACGACCCGCUGUUCGCCUAUAUCCAGGAUAACUCUCGCCUUCCCUUCGUGAAGACUCGACGCCAUGCCAUCUUGUAUUCGGGACCUCUGUUCGGCUUGGUGUUUCUAGUGCCCUGGUUUCCCUGGGAGGCCAUGGGUACGGGCAGUUGGGUGACGGGGCUUCACCUCAUCGCUGCCCUUUGUCUAUACGAUACAAUGUACACCUUUGUAGGGCUGGCACAAUCCUGCUUGUUUGCCGAGAUCUCGAAAAAUCACGAAGAUCGCGUGCAGCUUCUGCGGUGGUCAAAGUUGGGGGCGUUCUCCGCGUCACUGGCUUUGUAUCUUUGUGAAUUCUCCUCCGCCAGUCUGAAAUAUUUUGGGUAUUUUCAGCUCUCGUGUGUCUGCUUAGCUGUCAUCAGCAGUUUGUUAUAUAAAUACGCUGGUACCCAUGCUAAAACACAGUACGAUACUGAAGCUGAACAUGAAAGCGAUACUGCACGAUCCACUGAAAGUAUUUGGCUGCUGACGUGGCAAAUUCUCAAGUCGAGGAACUUCCUGUGCUUUGUGACUGUGAAUUUCUGUCACAUUUUCCACGGGACGUUUCUGGGCAGCUUCCUGCCAAUCAUUGCGCAGAAUCUGGCUCCACCUGAGGUUGUGCCCCCAACAGCCAGGCGAGCUCUGUAUGGUGUCAAAGAUAUAUUCCCCAGCUUGCUGGUCAUAUUUGGUGCUUCCAUGAUUACAGACAUAGGAUACUACAAACUGAUUCGACUGAAUUUCAUCCUUAAAAUAACUUUUGGCUUCGUCCUAUACCUGUUCGGUAUAAACCACCCAUGGCUCCUGCUGCUGAUCAUGAUUGUGGAUGGCGGACUUGGAUCGGCGACGUUCUCAAUGUUUAGCAUGGCUUUGUCGGAUAUAGCAGAAGAAGAUAAGAUGAAGUAUCACAGACGAUUGCCGAUCACCUCAAUGGUAUUUGGUACGAAUGCGGUCAUCGUGAAGUCUGUGUACUCCUUAUCACCCAUGGUUGUUGUUGCAGUGCUCAAUAUGUACAAGUAUACUCAGUUUAAGCAAGAUCCCACCUCGCUCUCUCCUCAAGAGAUUACUUCUCUCAAGUCUGCCAUGUUUUAUCUUGUGUGUUUCAUUCCCAUGGUAGUAGGGACAAUCCAGCUGUUUGCCUGGUCCCAGUAUACACUGUCAGAAACCCAUAAAGUACGGCCGAAGACAGUAAAAUUUAACAAAAGAUUUUUGUAGGCAUUCGAAAGGAAUGGGUCUGAAGAUGAAAUAAUCAUAAAACUGUCCUGUCUAUAGAAAAGGCAAAGGUGAAUGGCAUCUCCACAUGAAUCAAAGGUUAGAAAGUAUAUGCAACUAACUUAACCAACGCAGAGAGUCAAAGCCGCGAAAGUAGCGUGGAUGGAACAAUUUAAAACAGAAAUCAUUUUUAUUAGUCACCUGCUUGGGAUAUACAAAUGCUUAUAUGUUGAUAACAGUUAUGUAUCAGCACAAUAAAGCCGCCAUAUUCAUUUGCCAGAACAGUCCAUAUACAAAGCUUUUCGCUUUUGACAAAAAUAGUUUGCGCCAUGUAUCAUUUUGCAUCUAUAUAUCUUUUUUACUUAUGUAUGCAAUCACCUAGAUUUGUAUGUGUAUUCAGAUUCAAACUUCUUAGUAAUAUUACCCUUUUACAAGGGUAAGUUAUAUAUACUCCCCGAUGAAUCUCAAAAUUGGUGUUUUCAUUUCUUUCUUUCUUUCUUCGGUAUUUAACAUCACUAAUAUAGCCUGCUACAUUGUUUUACCUUAUAGAGCUGUAAAUAUACAUGUUUAGAAGAUCUAGAUUCUUACACCGGCAUAUGUAUUAUCAUUAUAAAAAAUUACAGGCUCUUUUUGCUUUAAGCUCAUACGUACAAGCAUAUAUCUCGUAACAAGAUUAUCAUUCUGUUCCAUCUGGGACUAAUAUGUUAGUCAUUAAAUGCACAAGCCUUCUCAGUUUGUGGGAUCCGAACACUUCAACCAAACGACCAGUCAGUGUGGUGGGCGACAUUUCUGCGAGGCCUUGCGUCAAUACGUGGAACCUAUUAGAGUAUGGGAGUGAAAUAUGGCAAGAUUCACUGCCAGGUCUUGCGUGUUGUUGAACGGAAGGCCCCCUACUUGCAUGUGUCCCCCCCCCCCCCUUCAAGAAUGCAUACAACUGUGUGUUACGAUUACAAUUUUGUGUGCCCUUGUACAGCAUAUAUAGACAGUAAUGCUGCCGGGACGAGAUUUAGUUCAGAGAGCAAGGUGUGCGAGUUACAAUAACAUACCAAUUCACGAGGUACAUAAUUUAAGCGUGGGUUCAAUCCCGACCCGAGACACGGAAUUUCUGUAUUAAUAUGUAUAGUCCUAAGCCUACCAAUAUAAGACAUAGGUCACCCUUGGCGAAGUUCGUCCGUAACUUGUCUCAGGCUUGUGUGUGGUUUAUCCAAAGCCGUCCGUUUCCUCCACUCAUGCAGUUCAAUGCGUCCGUAAAUUCCUGUGAAAAGUUCUAAGUAUGGCGUUAAAGGAAAUAAAUAAAUAGAAUAAUACCUUUCAUGCAUGGCAUUAUAUACAUGUAAUAUAUUAAUUUGUAUAUUUUUAUGUAACUAUUUUUGCUCAUGAUUAUCACAGGUAACAGGACUGACCCGCUUUUCCCAGUACAUGUCAGCAUGACAAAAUACAGACCAGCUGCGAUGGGCGAGAACUUGACUUCAUUGUGCAUAGUGCAGUUCAUUGUAUGGCCAUUGUAAGCUGGGUAUUGUUGUUUUGUAUCAUUAAAA